AUGAGAAUAGGGUACAACAAUGCUGCGAUUGUAGUUGUCUUGACCUCUGUUUGUCUCCUGAAUUGCUGCCUUGGUUUACCUGUGAAGAAAGUUUCUCAGCACUUCUUUGGUGAAUCACAAAUUCGGAAUCGUCAGGGACCUCGCCGUUCUUGCUCUAAAGACCAGCGAGUGCGUAAUGAUGAUUCAUUUGCAUGUACAAAUACUGACGAGAACGAGAUCACUGGGAACCACCAAUUCAAAUCAUCUUUGGACACAGUUGGAAUGAAACGGCGAAACGCCUUAUCCGCAGCACGCAGCUUGGUCGUUGCUGGUCUCGGAACGAUAACUCCAAUCCCCUUGCAUGAAAGUAGCCACGGAUCAGCCAGAGCAGCAGCAACAGUGACUUCAUCCUCCAUCAAUGCGAUGGACAGUAUUUUGCUUUCGAACCAAUACCAAGCAGCCCAAGACCACACCACGAUCAUGGUGCCUUUGGAAUUUAGUGGAGAUGCCUACAUUGUGUCCUAUCAAGUUGGUGGGACUACUUUCCGAGCCGUCUUGGAUACUGGAUCCCCGUUUCUGAUGAUUCCAGGGUCCUGUUCGGCAAAUACGAGAUCGAAAUCAGGCUGCUACCAACAACAGGGAAGUCCUUCAGGAUUGGAGGGAACCAUCGAAAUUUUUGAUGGUUUUAUUGGAGAAGUUGAAUGGAGAAAGGGUUCCUUUGCAUUUCCAAGCCCAAAUGAAUCAGCAGCAGUGACAACGGACCCCAACUCUGGUAUUAUUUUUGGGGUUGUGGACGACAACAUCAUGAGUGGCCCAGGCGGAGUGUUCUUCGGUCUCAUCAAGAAUACAGCUAAAAGAAUACGGCCCAGCUUUUUGGGACAAACAAAUAUUGUAUCUUUUGCUGUUGAUUUACGGAGCACAAGGGAAAAUGGACAAGGCAAGGAAGGAGUACCAGCAACAACAAGAACGGCAACACCAUCUCUGAUGCUAUCGACCCUUCCGCUGCUGUCAUCCUACGAUGAUUACAUUCCACUCAAUUAUGACUUGCGAAAAAAGUACGGAGAUCCGGUGCAGCACUACGUAGCAAAGGCCAAGUCUCUCAUCAUUGAUGGAAGACCGCUGAUUCCAAAGAAUGGAAAACCGAUUUACAUCAUUCUGGAUACAGGCGUCACUGGGAUGGUUGUCAACAACGAACUCUUUGAGCAGCGCUACAACGAAGCUCGAGCAAACAAAGAGAAACGCUUAUGGGGAGGCCCAGUGGAAAUCAUGCUGGAAACCAAGCAAAAGAAAAGUGUGUCCAUCACAGCCCAAAAGCCACUGACGACACGGUUCGACCCGAAAGUGAAUUGGAAGGGAUUCAAUGCCAAUCUCAUGGUCGUAGGACUUUCCUUUUUGAAUUCCAGAAAUAUGAUAGUGGAUAUUGACGAUGGAAAAAUGUGGCUGGAAGACUAA